AUGAACGGCGAUAACGGGGUUUAUGUGGCUGGGGACCAUAGCGACCACAGCACGUCGAAUGAGAGCCCAAAGGCCAAAGUGCCGAGGGUUGAAACAAGAUUCUCCGAACAUGUUGAUACAACACCACCCUUCCGAUCUGGUGCCCCGCCAAUGUGCCGGCUUAGCUAUAAUCGACCACCGUUGCGUGGACCCAGAGGCAUACCUGUAAAUGGAGCACCAAGCUCCUGGCAUUCGUAUGCCCCCGCCUCCCGUACUGCCUCCAAACCUGAUGCCAUCUCCGAAUCUUCCUCCACCGCCUUUCGCUUUGCCACCAAAUUUCGUCCCCCAUUCAGCCUCUGCAGGUGUCCGAAACCCAGCACCUUCCAGCGCCAUGCCUAG